AUGGAGGAGGGCCGGGGGUCGUCGCCCACGGCCGAGUCGGCGCUGGAGAAGAACGUGGCGGAGCUGACGGUCAUGGACGUGUACGAUAUCGCGUCGCUCGUGGGCCACGAGUUCGAGCGGGUCAUCGACCAGCACGGCUGCGAGGCCAUCGCGCGCCUCAUGCCCAAGGUCGUGCGCGUCCUGGAGAUCCUGGAGGUGCUGGUCAGCCGCCACCACGUCGCUCCCGAAAUGGACGAGCUGCGCCUGGAGCUGGACCGUCUGCGCCUGGAAAGGAUGGACCGCAUCGAGAAGGAGCGCAAGCACCAGAAGGAGCUGGAGCUCGUGGAGGACGUGUGGCGAGAGGAGGCGCAGGACCUCCUGUCCCAGAUAGCCCAUCUGCAGGAGGAGAACAAACAGCUCCUGACCAACCUCUCCCACAAAGACGUCAGCCUCUCUGACGAGGAGUUCCAGAGGCACGAAGGCAUGUCAGAGCGCGAGCGGCAGGUGAUGAAGAAGCUGAAGGAGGUAGUGGACAAACAGCGGGACGAGAUCCGCGCCAAGGACAGGGAGCUGGGCCUGAAGAACGAAGAUGUCGAGGCUCUGCAGCAGCAGCAGACCCGGCUGAUGAAGAUUAACCAUGACCUUCGGCACCGGGUCACAGUGGUGGAGGCCCAGGGGAAGGCCUUGAUUGAACAGAAGGUGGAGCUGGAAGCAGACAUGCAGACUAAGGAGCAAGAGAUGGGCCGCCUGCGGGCAGAGCUCGGGAAGCUUCGAGAGAGGCUGCAGGGCAAGCUCAGCCAGAAUGGGGAGGAGGAGCCUGAGAUGGAGCCAGGUGCAGAGGAGGGUGUCUCCGAGGCGGACAAGCUGGCCAUGGAGCUGACGGACCCGAACCGCCCCCGAUUCACGCUGCAGGAGCUGCGGGAUGUGCUGCACGAACGCAAUGAGCUCAAGUCCAAGGUGUUCCUGUUGCAGGAGGAGCUGGCCUACUACAAGAGUGAAGAAAUGGAACAGGAAAACCGAAUACCCCAACCUCCACCCGUCACACACCCGACAACGUCCCCCCAGCCGGAGUCUGGGAUCAAACGACUGUUUAGCUUCUUCUCCCGAGACAAAAAGCGCCUGGCCAACGCACAGAGGAGCACGCAUGUCCAGGAGUCCUUCGGCCAGUGGGCAAACUCGCACCGAGAUGACGGCUACACAGAGCAAGGACAGGAAGCCCUGCAGCACCUGUGA